CUGAGAACGGAGGACUGCCUUUCAACAUGAAGCAGCUCUUUCUCGCUGCUCUUUGUCACGCCGCCUCUCUCUCUCUCUCUCUUCCUCUCUCUCUCUCUCCGUGUCUGUCUUCCAUCCCUCCCUCUCUCCCUCGCGCUCUCCCCCCGUCCCCGGACUGCUGAUCGGAACGGGCGGCGAGCAGCCGAGCCUGGGAAGGCUUUUUCGCCGCGCGGGAGCUCGGAGGGGCACGCGCGCACAUGCUGAACUCAAACGGGACGGGAGGAGACCACGUCUGGGAUUAGCCCCAGGGAGGGGGGAGGGGGGCAGGAGGGGGAGGUGAUCUCGGGGGAGAAGCGUUUUUUCUCCCCCUCUGCAGGGUAAAGGAAGAGAGGAAGAGGGAGAGGCAGCGGUUCUUCUUCCAGAGUCUUUUUUUCUUCUGCCACUUUGGGUUUCAUUUAUUCAGGUCUUGGUGUGUCUGCAUUCUACAUUUUUUCACACUCAAGUAGUGGAAGACAGAAGUGGACUCCUGCAGACGAGACUUCCGCAACUGUCUGAGGCUGUGUCUGCCCCACUCUCGGCCUCUCCAUCCGACAUCCCCGGCGUUUUCAUGAGGUAACGGCAGGCGCCGGACACCUGACCCCUCCCCCGACAUAGCUCCGCCCCCUCCCCUCUAACCCCGCCCAUCCUCCCCUGCCGUCCCUCCCUGAGGAACCAUGGGUCAGAAGAUCUCUGGGAGCAUCAAGUCGGUGGACGUGCGUGGGGAACCCUCCUACUGCCCCCUCCAGCGCCAGCUCCGCGGGCCGGACUUCUCCAAGCCGGCCCGGCUGGACCUGCUGCUGGACAUGCCGCCAGCGACCCACGACCUCCAGCUGCGGCACGCCUGGAACCCGGACGACCGCUCGCUCAACAUCUUCGUCAAGGAGGACGACCAGCUGACCUUUCACCGUCACCCGGUGGCGCAGAGCACGGAUGCCGUGCGCGGGCGCGUGGGCUACACACGCGGCCUGCACGUCUGGCGCGUGCAUUGGCCCUCCCGCCAGAGGGGCACGCACGCCGUGGUGGGCGUGGCCACCGCCGAGGCGCCCCUGCACUCGGUUGGCUACACCUCCCUGGUGGGCAGCGACGCAGAGUCGUGGGGGUGGGAUCUGGGUCGCAACAGGCUCUACCACAACAGUAAGAACCGGCCGGCCGCCUCGGCGCCCACCUACCCCGGCUUCCUGGAGCCCGACGAGGCGUUCGUGCUGCCCGACAUCCUGGUGGUUGUGCUGGACAUGGAUGAGGGCACGCUGAGCUACAUGGUGGACGGACAGUACCUGGGCGUGGCGUUCAGGGGGCUGAAGGGAAAGAAACUCUACCCUGUCGUCAGCGCUGUGUGGGGGCACUGCGAGAUCACCAUGCGCUACGUCAACGGCCUGGACCCGGAACCCCUGCCCCUGAUGGACCUGUGUAGGAGGGCGGCCCGGCUGGCUCUGGGGAGAGACCGGCUGCAGCAGAUUGAGACGUUGCCCCUGCCCCAAUCUCUGAAGAACUACCUUCAGUACCAGUGAACCUGACGGGGCUCUCACCACCCGCUGUGCACACCCACUCGCACGGACCCCCAGUGCGCAGGCCCGAGGCGCUACGGUCACUACAGUGACACAGCCAGGCCGCCUAGAGCACAGGUUAACGCCGCGGUGACUAGCGGGUGGACAUGUAGAGACAACUUAUCCCCCCCACCCCCAAAAAAACAAAAAAAAAACACCCCAAACCAUUUUCCAUUUCUGAAUGAAACUGUUAUAUUAUUAAUGGAAGAGAAGUCAGCAGGGCUGCGCUAUGAGCCUGGAGAAGUGGGACCUCUGCGUACCUGCAGCACCCCCUGCUGGUGUUUGAGGUGUAAAGCCUCUCAUUGAUUAUCACCCUAAGGACGCAGGACACUUAGGAAAAGCGUGAGAACUUCAAGACGGUUUCCACUCCGAAACCUGGGCAGCCCGACAGACGGCGGCGCGGCCGUACUCCAGUGACGCGGGCCGGCCUCCUGCGCCGACCGGUGGUGCCAACGCACAACAGCAACAACAGCGCCAACGCUGACCACAUUAUCCACGUCGCCGUUCAGACCCACCACUGACUCAGCAUGCAUGGUACACUGAGGCGAUCGCGUUAUAAGACUGGCGCGUGCACGCAACACCAAUACUGCAGAUUAGCUUUGUUCUUCCCCGUAGAAUUUGAGUCACUUUUUCUAUUCUCAGAUUUGUAGCCUAAUUUUAAUGUGAGUGUAAUUUUAAUGACCUUGGCGUUGACGCUACUGCACCAUCACCGCUACGUUUUAUUUAUCUGGGUUUAGUUCCUUCUGAUUGCGUGUGAGGGUGUGACGAUUACCACAUUCACAAAUCCAUCACACGUGGCUUCUUACUUUAAACCGUGAUGCUGCUUUUAUUAUCACUAUUAUUAUUAUUAUUAUUAUUAUUAUUAUUCAGAAUGAUUUUUUUUUGCCUGAUCUGAUGGGAGAUCGGUUGCAAACAGUGGAAUGUAAGGAAAUCAAUAAUGUUACAACAUUUGAAAUGUGAAUAAAAAGCAA